ACUAUAAAUAGAAGUAUGCCCAGUGUGUAAUUUUUCAUCUUUCUCUUCUUUCUCACAUAUCUCAAAAAUGGCUAAACUGGUUGCAACAAUGGCGGUGGCGGCGGUGGUUUUAGUAAUAAUGCUGCCAUUAACUCCGUCAGAAGCCCAAUCUGAUGGGACAAGAAGAGUUCUUGAUGUUUUUGAAAUCGGAAACGUUCCAACAACAUAUUUACAAGUGAACGAAUCAGCCACACCUUUCAAUAAAUCUGUGUUGAUAUAUAAACCGACUCUUCCUUGUUUAUACCCGGUCAUUAUGCUUCUGCAUGGCACGUGUCUCAUCAACUCUUUCUACACUGAUCUCUUCCAACAUAUAGCUUCUCACGGUUAUAUAGUUGUUGCUCCUCAGAUAUAUUAUUGCUUCGAAGGGCUCUUCGAAAUGAUGCCUAUAAGUGAACCAGAAGAGCUUGAGUACGCAGCAGAAGUAGCAAACUGGUUACCUUCAGGUCUGCAAUCUUUGCUACCGGAAAACAUUAAACCCGAUCUACACAAGCUUUCCGUCGGCGGCCACAGUAGAGGCGGAAAAACCGCAGUUGCACUCGCACUUGGCUAUGCAAAAACGCCUCUACAAGUUCAAAUCUCAGGACUAGUACUUAUAGACCCAGUUGCAGGAGCAAGCAAAAAUAACCCAACCCUCCCCAAAGUCCUGACGUACAUUCCUCAUUCUUUUAACUUAUCGAUUCCAGUAGCGGUCAUCGGAACCGGGUUGGGUAGCCAGCCGGUCUGCUGGCUAGUCUGUCCAGCUUGUGCUCCGAAUGGAGUGAACCAUGUGGAGUUUUUCAACGAGUGUAAGGCUCCGGCAGGUCAUUUUGUGGCUACAGAUUAUGGGCACAUGGACAUGUUAAAUGACAAUAUAACAGGUAUUGAUUGGAUUAUAACAAGUCAUAUGUGCAAGAGCAGUCCGGAUCCUAAGAAGCCGAUGAGACAAACUGUCGGCGGUAUCAUAGUGGCGUUUUUCAAGGCUUAUUUUGAAGGUGAAAGUGACGACUAUAUGACCAUUGUUCAACAACCUUCUGUUGCUCCUGCAAAACUUGAUCCUGUCCAGUUCAAUAACAUAAUUAAUAUUGGUACGUUUUAGCGGCAGUUAUAAAUUAUGCCGUUAAUUCCAGUGUUCCUCAAAAUCAUAACAGCAUUACAUUAAUCAGUCGGUAUAGAUGUUGGAUUCUAGGGCUCAGAUUUGUAUCCUUUCCAUAUGUAUCUAUUGAAUAAAAAGAGGACUGGAUGUAGCAAAUUAAUUCUGUGCUUGUUAAUGUGUUCAAUUCGAUAUAUUAUUUAUCUUGUGAUUA